CUAACCUAAUAAACGAGUUUCAACAACGAUGAAACACUUGUUCAUACUUAAUCGCGAUUACGAACGUCUAGGUUCUCUCGUUGCUGUCGACUUGUUAGGUUUUUAACUUCACAUUUGUGUGAAAAAUCUGAAACCUAUUACAGCCUGAUCAGUUUGAACUCUGUAUUAAUUGUUAUGUGGACUGUCUACGUACUUGCUGCUUAAUUGGAAUAUACCUAAUUUUUGGACUGCAUGCGAAAUGGCCCAUACAGCUCUACAGCAUCAAAAUAACUCUUAUGCAAGUGGAAGACUUGUCAAGCGAAGUUCACAAGACCUAGGUUUACAGAUUGAAAUUUAUGAAGGUUAUUACGAAUUUCUGCGGCGUUACACUCUUGGUGAACGUUUUGGAUCUGGUGGAUUUGGUCAUGUUCAUCGGGCUAGACGUACGUCGGAUAAUAAAGAAGUGGUGGUGAAAGAGGUUCGCUCAGACAAAGUUCCUUGUUGGUGUUUGUUGGACAACCAGUUAAUGCCAAUUGAAGUUGUACUCCUAGUUAUGUGUCAGGGUUUACCGGGAUAGUUCACCUGUUGGAUGCUUUUAAUUUAGGUCAAUCAUGGGCAAUUGUUAUGGAUCGAGUUUCGAAUACCACAUGUGAUAUGUUUGAUUAUAUUGGUGAACGAGGAACAUUGUCUGAAAGUGAAACAGCUUAUUUUUUUCAUCAAUUAAUCGGUAUAUUAUUAUCAUGCCAUAAAGUUGGUGUACUGCAUCGAGAUAUUAAAGAUGAAAAUAUUUUAAUCAAUCGUACAACCAAUGAAUUAAUACUUAUUGAUUUUGGUUCUGGUGCUUUCUUGGAAUCACGUUUUUACACAGAUUUCGAUGGCACUCGUGUUUAUAGCCCGCCUGAAUGGAUUCUGAACAAUCGAUAUCAUGGUAAACAAGCUGAAGUAUGGUCUUUGGGUGUACUACUGUAUGAUAUGUUGUGUGGUGAUAUCCCUUUUGUAAAUGAUAAAAGUAUUAUUGGGGGAAAGUUACGAUAUCGUAGAGACAAUUUAAGUGAAGCAGCAAAACAUCUUAUUGCAAGCUGUUUAAACAUGGACCCAUCUAAACGCCCGUCUUUGUUAGAAAUCCUGCAACACCCAUGGAUGCAAGCACAUAGACCACAAGCUGGUACGCAAAUUCCGCCAGCCCUUCAAAUUGCUUUAAAUGCUCUGGGAAAUUCAAUGACUACGCAUGACUUUAAUUUAAGUGUCACGUCAGCUUCGGAUGAUUCACAGCGUUCUACAGAAGUGCCAAGUUCAAGUGUAUCAAGUCAAAUGGCAACUGAUUUAGCAUACUCUUGUUCAUGUACGAAUCCUUCGUCUUCAGGUAUUGAUAACAACUUUAGCAAUCAACCAACAGAUAAUAUUGACUACUCACAAACGGUUCUUAAUUCAAGUUUUAAUUCAUCUGAUAUAAAAAAUCAGUCGAACAAUAAUUUUCAUAUUCCAACUGAUACCAAUAAAUUAGUUGAAAUGAAUAAUAUUUUCAGUUUUGAAGAAAUUCUUACAGGCAGUGUUCCAAUUGAUGAAUUUUCCCGAUCUUCUGCGUAUGGCAUACCCCCUAAACUUGAAAUACCUUGGUGUAUCCCUAAUACAAAGAUCAAUGAACGAGUGGAAUUCGCUAUCCAAUCUCAUCCUUCAGAUCAUAUAUCUCCAUGCCUGAAAACAUCAUGCGCUGAAAAUUUACCUCGUCUUCAUUCCAAUGGAUCCAAUUCGAGUUCUGGUUAUUAUUCACGCUCUGAUUCGUUGUCAUCAAACGAAGGUAAACAACUUAUUUCAGCUGUAAAUGCUAGUAAUGUACGUACAUGUUCGACUGCAAGUCAUAUGGCAUCUGUUAUGUCUGUUACUAAACUUGUGUCAACAGUUAUUGGUGAUAGGCUUCCAUGUUCGUCUGCUGGAUCAUCACAUUCCCGUAUUCAAAAUACAGAACUUCCUGAUCAUUUGCAUUAUUGGCGUUCAGGCAGUUCAAGUGCAACAUCUUCUGACUCAUCAUCAUCUUAUUCAUCAACCAAAUCCAAUCCCCUUGAUAAACAACUCCGACCUACUAGCGAAAAUGCAAUUGCUAGUGUUUAUUCGUCUGCUUACGUUAAUACUCAACCAGAUUCACUGAGUUUACUUCUUUGGCCUACACUCCUAAAUUCAACCAAACCAACAUCUCAAGUGUAUUCAACUCCUGUGACUCAUUCCACGGCACCGUGUUCUGGAGGUGCAGUUUUUACUUCAAGUGCAAAUCCUAUAACCAAUCCAAACUCGGAUACUCUAAAGGGUUUGCUGUCCUCAUCAACCUCUGAAUUAAAUUCUCCUCUGUCAAUCCGUGACUGGUUCAUUGGAAGUAAUGUCAACAUGGAUCACGUAUGACCUUUUAAUUUUGAUUAUAAUUAACGCUCAAUUCAUUCUUUUACUCUCAUGUAAUGUGCUCAUUAUAUACAAUAUCCAAUGUGAUGAAUUUAUGGUAUGUGUACUUCAGAGUAUCGAUAUCCAUCACGAUCUCAUAUGUUCCUUUAUUUCAAAAUUUUCACAAUGAAAAUUGAGCUGUGUGCCUACAGAGUCUCAACGUUUUUUUUAAUAUUAUUUUACGAAUCUUAUUUCUACCUCAUAAUUAUACACCUUUUUCUUUGUAAUUUGUAAUCUAAAAAUGCUAUCUAGCAAUGAUACUAAUGUUGAUUAAUUAUUGUUUUCGUUUCCCUCCUUAACAAUUCGCUUUUUGGUUCCGGUGUAUCAUACACUGAACCCAGCACUGGCUUCACCUAUUCUUUAUGUUAUAUAUAUAUAUAUAUAUAUAUAUAUAUACCUGUUGUACAGUCUACUUUUGCGUUACAAUUGACUUCCAUCGUUCACAUUUGAAAUAUGCUGUUCCAUUGUCGAUUAACCUUAUUUCUAGCCUCCAUUAAAUUUUAUUUUCAAGGUCAUCCCAUCACGCACAUUUUAUCGCCUCUUUACAUUACCACCAUUAGUAACUUGUUCUAUCCGUUUUUUGUACAGAUAAUCACUUCACUUCUUCCGUUGACUUGGACUGCACAACUUUCUGAUUGUAUGGUUGUGGUAAUCCUCAUUCAAAUAGUUGUCUAUUUAAUCAUUAAUAUGUAGUUUUCUGAUUGACAAUGUGUCCCAUUUUCUCUUUCUUUACGAUUCUUUUAUUCUUCUAUUGAUAGUUUGGUAAGCUUAUUAAGGGCACCAUAUUGAUUAUCACACGUUAUUUCGGUUUCGCAAGUCUCAUAUGGUCUUAGAACUAGUUAUUUCCUACGUAUAGCAAAUAAUAACAUCUAUGAGCUAUUUUAUCUUGUCUUCAUAUUUUUUGAGACAUUGAUCAUGUACAUUCUUGUGUAUAAUCUUGUUAUCCGAAUAUUUGUUAUUAUUUUUACUACGCUAUGUAAAAGUUGUUUUAAACAUUCGUUUUAUUUUCUUCUUCUAAACAUAUUCGAAUAGAUUCUGAGCUAUUUGAAGUUGAAAUAUUCGACAAUAUUUAUUACAUUGCUUAAAUUGCUCACCACCACCACCUGCCUAGUGUUUUUAGCCUUCGUUUUCCUCGUGAAGAAAACAUAUUUUUCGACAAGUAGUGGUCUAUUUUUAGAGUAAUAAUUUUAAAAAUAGACCACUACUUGUCGAAGAAUCUGUCGAUUUCUUCACGAGGAAAACGAAGGCUAAAAACACUUUAGGCAGGAAGUGGUGAUGGUGAGCAAUUUAAGCAAUAUAACAAACAUUGUGGAAUACUUCAACUGGCUUUGCAGUGUAACUGUUUUAUUCGUUCGUUUGCUUUUACUUGCGUGAGUGUGUGUAAAGUGCACCCCAAUUUUUUUUUACAUAUAUAAUAGAUCUAAAA